GUUGUUUAUGCCAGGGUAAGAAUAGCUUUGAGUAGCACUUUGUCGAAUUCAGACUUUGUCUGGUAUGCACAAAAUCUCAUGUCCUAUUUCUUUCUGAAGAUACAUAUAUAUAUUGUUUACAACAGGUCAAUCAUUCACAGAGAUCGAGAGAAACACCUCUUAAAUCAUGGGUUUUAUGCGAGGAGGAUKSCUCAGUAAUGUUUGCUCACUGUACGUGUAUGGCGGGACUCAGCGAAGCGUGCUCGCAUGUUGGAGCUGUUCUUUUUGCGAUUGAAGCGGGAGUCCGAAUGAGGGAAUMCACAACGUGUACAGGUCAGCGAAGUAAGUGGGUAAUGCCAACUUAUGUUAAAGAGAUCCCUUUUAAAGAAGUACGGGAAAUCGACUUUUCUUCAGCAAAGACAAAAGACGAUCAACUACGCGAGAAUGAAGUCAUGCCUUCUGCUACAAUACAAGAACCAUCUCCACGUGGUAGAAUAAUCCCUAGGCUUUCGGAAGAUGAACAGCAGGCUUUCUACAGGAACAUUGCCAAGGAAUACCCAAAAGCUGUUAUCCUGUCAUUGAUCAAGCCACACAACUCUAAUUUUAUACUACAGAGCCUGACCAACCUGCCAAAACCACUCAAUGAAACUCUGUGUUCCCCUGAUUGUGAAGGACUUGCCUACCCAGAACUCAUCACAAAAGCACAGGAAGUGAUCUCAAAAAUGGCAGUCUCAGAAGAAGAAUGUAGAGCUGUAGAAAAAUCUACUAGAGAACAAUCUUCAUCAAAAACAUGGUUUAGCCAACGAGGAGGUAGAAUAACUGCCUCAAAAUUGAAGGCAGCAUGCCACACAAAUCCAGAUAAGCCCUCGAAAAGCUUAAUAAAGAUGAUAUGCUAUCCUGGAAUGCAUAAAUUUUCAACACCUGCCACUAGAUGGGGCUGUAAAAUGGAAAAAAAGGCUAGGAAUGGCUACUUUUCUAUUAUGAGCCAACAGCAUGAGAAUCUUACGGUUGCUGACAGUGGUCUGCAUAUUAAUCAAAGGUGGCCCUACCUGGGAGCAUCUCCAGAUAGCAUGGUUGAAUGCAAAUGUUGUGGAAAAGGAGUGGUGGAAAUAAAAUGCCCUUACAAACACAAAGAUGACUACUUGUUAGUAGCCUCUAUGGUGGACAAAAAGUUUUGCCUUUCACAGGCAAAURCUAAAUUAACUUUAAAAACUGACCAUGAAUACUAUUACCAGAUUCAAUCUCAGCUUUUCAUAUGUGAUGUGGAAUAUUGUGAUUUUGUUGUGUGGUCACAAAAUGACAUCCACAUUGAAAGAAUCUUGCCAGAUGCUGUGUUCUGGACCGAAGCUACCAUGAAGGCAUCAUUGUUUUUUAUUAAAGGAGUUCUGCCAGAACUUAUGGUAAAAUGGUUUACCAGGCCUCACAAUGCAACACAACUGGCUACUGUACCAACAUCUAUUGGAAGCACAGAAGAAAUGGAUGAUUCUGAAGAAGAGGAASGGCCAUGGUGCWUCUGUAAAACUGACAUCGAGGACUCCAUGCUUAUUGGAUGUGACAACAUGGAUUGCCCUGUACAAUGGUACCACAUGUCUUGUUUAAAUAUAACAGUUGAACCUGAUGGGGAAUGGUUUUGCCCAAGCUGUGAAAAAGGAUGAUUGGUAACAAUAUAGUACUGUAAUGAAUUAAUAAAUAGUAAUAAUGAUCAACUAUAAUACUCAAGACUUCUACUCAAUACUUAUUUAUUCAAGUCUGGUAAAAACAAAUGAACCAACAGACAAAUUUCACCUUAGUACAUACAUGCAUGUAGUACCAAAAAGUAAUCAAGAUGAGGCAUAGACAAUAUAUAUAUAUACAAGUGAUGAGUGACUAAUCUUUUUGUCUCAUCUUGGUUUUUUA